AUGAAUUCCCUUGACGACCUCAAACAUAGCCUCACAGAGGAGAAGAUUAAAAAUGGCAAGGCAAGGAGCACUCCCCAACUCCGACCCGAAUCUACUUUCCCCUUUCCACCAGAUUUCAACGGCACGAUUUCCCGCGGACCAUCACCCAACCGAGGAGCUUCCGUCCGUGAUGUCGACGCAAUCGGACCGGACUCUGAAUCGAAGCGGGAAUGGCAGAAGAAACGUGGCAUUGACCUCUCCAAGCAGGUCAAGAUCGUCAAGUUGAGUCAUAUGCGAUACCAGCAUCCCGAUCUAAAUAAGAUCACCACGUUCUUGAGAGACUUCGGCAUGCAUGUUCUCAAGAAAUCCGAAAACGAGCGAUGGUAUCGCGGCUACGGCCCCGACCAAUACAUUUACUAUGCAAAGCAAGGACCCAAGAAAUUUCUCGGCGGUGCUUUCGAAGUCGAAUCGCGCGACGAGCUCGAGAAGGUCAUGAAGGUACCUGGCGCGACCGUUCUUACCAAUGGCAUCGAGGAAAUGACCGACGCCCCUGGUGGGGGAUAUAUUGUCACAAUCGCAGAUCCUGAGGGAUUUCCGGUAAAUUUCAUCUACGGCCAAGCCGAAGUCAAAGAGGAGAGGAAGAAGCCUGGUAAAUUGGUCUUUAACGACGAGGUCGAUAAGCCCCGGCGGAAGGCUUUCCAGAGAUUCGAACCCGGCCCUGCUGAGAUUCACAAGCUCGGCCACUUCGGCCUCAAUGUCGAAAACUUUUCCGCUCAAAUGGACUGGUACACACGGUACUUCAACAUCACGCCCAGCGACAUCCUGUACAUACCUUUGGACAAAAUCGACCCCGAGACCAAUGCUCCGGCGCGCAAAGAAGUCGCUGUCUUCGCCCACAUCGACCGCGGUCAAGAUCUUGUCGACCACCAUACGAUGUUCUUGACGACUUUGAGCCCUGGUGUCGAAAAGCACGUCCACCAUAGCUCGUUUGAGGUGCAUGACUUUGACACCCAAGAGCUGGGCCACCAGUGGUUGGCGGAGAAGAAGUACGAACCUGUCUGGGGCGUGGGAAGACAUAUUUUGGGAUCGCAGAUUUUCGAUUACUGGUGGGAUGUCCAUGGGUUUAUGGUCGAGCAUUAUGUGGACGGCGACUUGGUCAAUGAAGAUACGCCUUUGGGUUAUGGGCCCGCAGGGCAUGAGGGUUUGGCCGUCUGGGGACCAGAGGUGCCGAAGGAGUUCUUGGAGUAA